GGCCGGGGCAGGGGCUCGGCGGCGGGCGGGCGGCACGGCCGCGCCGGGUGACAGCGCGGCGGCAGGUGCCACCGGCGCUCCGGGCGAUGGGACACCGGCACGGCCGUGCCAUUGCCACGCCGGGUGAUGCGGCCACAGCGGUGACACCCGCUGACGCCGCCACGCCGGGUGACACCGUCACACUGGAACCUCCCUCCAGCACUGCCUUUCAGGAUGAUGGGCCCAGGAACACCAGCGGGGACCCUCCAGCCACGUGGCUGCUGACCCAGGGGUGCUGCCGGGCCCCGCUGCCAAUGCAGAGUUCAGGGCAGAGCAGGGCAGAGCCGCCGCUCCGCUCGCCCAUGGCAGCCCCUUCCUGCCGCGCCCCGGCCCGGCUGCAUGGUGUGGGUGCCCCUGAGCCCCACGAGCAGUGACCGGCGGGCCCCGCUGCGCGCUCCCAGCACCACCACCAUGUCUUUGGAGUGGCUGAUGGACUGGAGCUGGUCCCUGGACGGACUCCGGGAUUUCAUCGCCACGGGCAUCCAGUCUUUCCGCGACUGCGACGCCACAGCCCUGGUGGCCGUCGCCUGCCUGCUGGUCCUCUUCGUGUGGUACUGCUACCACGUGGGGCGGGAGCAGCCCCGCGCCUACGCCACGGUGAACGCGCUGAUGCAGAGCGCCGAGGCCAACGGGGUGCAGAACGGGUUCGUGUACUGCCAGUCGCCCGAGUGCGUGCGCUGCUCGCACCACGACGGCCUCAACCAGAAACUCUACCACAACCUGCAGGAGUACGCCAAGCGCUACUCCUGGUCCGGCAUGGGCAGGAUCCACAAGGGCAUCCGCGAGCAGGGCCGCUACCUCAACAGCCGGCCCUCCAUCCAGAAGCCAGAAGUCUUCUUCCUGCCCGACUUGCCCACCACGCCCUACUUCUCCCGGGACGCUCAAAAGCACGACGUGGAGUUGCUGGAGCGCAACUUCCAGACCAUCCUGUGCGAGUUUGAGACCCUGUACAAGGCGUUCUCAAACUGCAGCCUCCCGCAAGGAUGGAAAAUGAACAGCACGCCCAGCGGGGAGUGGUUCACCUUCUACCUGGUGAACCAGGGCAUGUGCGUGCCCAGGAACUGCCGGAGAUGCCCACGGACGUACCGCUUGCUCGGGAGCCUCCGUACCUGCAUUGGCAACAAUGUCUUUGGGAACGCCUGCAUCUCUGUGCUGAGCCCGGGCACCGUCAUCGCCGAGCACUACGGGCCCACCAACAUCCGCAUCCGCUGCCACCUCGGUCUGAAGACGCCCAGCAACUGCGAACUGGUGGUGGGGGGCGAGCCCCAGUGCUGGGCUGAGGGUCGGUGCCUGCUCUUUGAUGACUCCUUCCUGCACACGGCGUUCCACGAAGGUGCCCCCGAGGAAGGUCCCCGCGUGGUGUUCAUGGUGGACCUGUGGCAUCCCAACGUGGCCGCGGCCGAGCGCCAAGCCCUCGACUUCAUCUUCGCGCCGGGACGAUGACGGCGCUGCCCGGCCUGGUGGGUUCAGGGCAGCUCGGCCGGGGCCUCUCCCGGCACACGGCCUCGGCGCUCCCUCCCAGGGGUCUUGUAAAUGGAAACUGUGACGUGUAUCCGCGCCCAUCUCCUUCCUCCAUCGUUGGCUUCAGGGAUUCUUUUCCAAGCGCCGGCGCCUCGGCCCUGCCGGGGCUCGCUGCCCCCCUGCUCCGUCGUGUUCUGUUGCUACUGUGUUUUGCGGUGUUCAGAAGUAGAGUAACAAAGCCAAGGGUGCUCGUUUGAAUGUAAUGUAAAAUUUUUCUCGUGGUCAUCAAAGGAACAACACACACACACACACACACCAUAACAGCCAACCAGCCUGCCCUGCCCGGCUGCGGUCCCGGAUGGACGGACAGAUGGACUCUGGGGGCUGCCGUGGGCACUGUGCUCCCCCCAGGCUGGGUCUGAUGGGCUGGGCAGGGCACAGCUCUGCUCACAAUGAACCCUCCUGGGGCUCCUGCUUCCUCCUCCAUGUGCCAGCUGGGGCUCCCCAGCCCUCCUGCCCUCAGAAACCCCUUUUGUCACCCAGGCAGGGAGCAGAGUCCAUCACCAACCCAGCAAGGCAGGAGCCCCGACCUCCACCCUACUGAGGGAACAGCACACACAGACUGACCAAGGGUGUUAGCAUUUGCCCAAAUCCCUUCCUUGCUCUAUCUGCAACCCUCAGUUUUCCCAGCUCCCAGCUGGGAGGCCCUGCAGGGGCAGGGAUGCUGUUUGGAAACAGAGAAUGGGGGUUUUGUCUGUCUGUAGGAAGAAAGGAGGUCACCAUUCCUUCUGCUGCUCCAUCUUCUCCUUUCCUCAAGCCAGGGCAGGCACACACAGCGGCAGCUCCCAUGGACCUGACACCACAGGACAGCUUCCCAAGGGGGGGUUAAUUCUGCAGCCUGAGCAAUGAGGCCCCACCCUGAGGUCCUGCCCACCCAGGGACCACCACACUUUUCCUGAAGUCCCCCAGCACCAGGGUCUGUUUGGGGUCUGGGGGCUGGUUUAUAACACACCCCCCAAAGCACAGUGUGUGGUGGAUGCUCACAGCUCUGGCUGGGGACUCUUUGCCUCUGUGCCCUGCCCGGGAGGGACCAGCCCCGUCCCCCAACAACUUCUUUACAGACUUUUCAGUGAUUCAACUGCAAGAGAAGGCAGAGAUUUCAAAUACAUCUGAGAUAUUUUUUACACCCGUCUUGUUACAGACUACCUGAAGUGCAUGAUUUCUACACGCAUUGGCUACCUGGACACAGGCCCUGGGGAAGCAGGCUGGCUCUGUCCAAAGGUUGGUAACAUUCAUACAGUGGAUAAGCAAAGAUUAUCAAUAAACAGUUGUGCUGAAAACAGAA